AUGGCAGGUUGGACAUAUUUUUUAGCAAUACUGGUGUCGUUGCAGGUCGUGCAGGAUGGCGUCCAGUCGUGUACACUGCGAAGUCACAAGGUUCCGGGCCCGCAGUCGUCGUGUUCCAAUCCUGGUGCCGCCGCUCCGACUCCAGCGAUUCCGCACCGCACACCGGCCUCGUGUGCACCACCCACACUCGGACUGCAAUACCCCGACGUGUUAAAUAAAAUUCCAAGACCCGGCUCCGAUUUGUUAAAUCCUGCAGUCCCCUCAGAUCGUUUACUCCCGUCUUUGUCACCCGCUCCGCCGGCACAUGUCACUACUCCAACCCCCGCCAUCGCCACCGUACCUGAAAGCUCUAUGUCGGCAACAGAAGCGGUGGCAACAGAAGCGGCAGCAACAGAAGCAGCGGCAACAGAAGCAACCGCGCCCGUCGACGAGCCGAAAUCGGCGCCUGUACCGGAAACUGCACCGACCGCGGCUCCAAACUCAUUUCCGGCGCCGGACCCCGCGGAUAGCGUACCCGCUGCCGUCCAGACAUCGGAUCCCGGGUCGGCCAACGUUCCUGUUUCGGCUCCUACAAACGCAUCCGACUCUACUUUCCUCACACCGGAAGCUUCCGGUUCUGAGUUAGGAGCGAUCUCGUCGACGGUAUCGAACACCGUACCGGCUGCAGAUUCCACCUCCGCAUCAAAUUCCGACGCGGUGUCGUCAGCGUCACCUCCGUCCGACGUAACAACACCAAGCACAGUAUAA